AUGGCACAGCCCCAGUACGGAAAGCGCUUGAUUCCCCAGGUCCUCGACGAGGUCGCAAAGUCAGAACCCAACAGAGAGUUCAUCUCCGUCCCCCGCUCCUCCAACCCCCAAGAUGGCUGGAAGCCCAUCUCCUACAAGCAGAUCGCCAACGCGGUGAACCGGAUAGCCCAGAGAAUCAUCGACAAGCGCGGCAAGCCCGAACCUGGAAGCUUCCCAACCCUCACCUACAUCGGCCCCAACGAUGCCCGCUACAUGAUUAUUAUGAUCGCCUGUAUCAAGGCAGGAUACAAGGCCCUCCUCAUCUCCCCAAGAAACUCCUUCGAAGGCCAGAUGAACCUGUUCGAGAAGACAGACUGCCACAUCAUCUGCUUCGACUCGUCCUUCAAGGAUGUCAUCCAGCCCCUGCUGGAAGAGCGCCCCAUGGACGCCAUUAUGGUCAGCUCGGCAGACGCAUGGCUCUCGGACGACGAGGUGCCCCAUUUCCCCUACAACAAGACCUACGAAGAGGCAGAAAAUGACCCCGUCGUCGUCCUGCACACGAGCGGCAGCACAGGUCUGCCAAAGCCCAUCGUCGCCCGUGUCGGCAUGAUGUCUGUCGCCGACGCUUUCCACAACGUCCCCGAUUUCAUGGGCUCCGAGAACUGCGUAAAAUCCAUCAUGCACGGUACCCGCCUCUUCCUGCCAAUGCCCCUCUUCCACGCCGCCGGCUGCUACAUGUCAACCUUCGCCACGAUCUACUGGGGACGGCCCGUCGCGCUGGGCUUCACGGACCGGCCCCUGACGCCGCAGACCGUUAUCGACGCUGCCCAGUACGCUAAGAUCGACAACGUGAUCCUGCCUCCCGCCAUCCUCGAAGAGAUGGCCCAUAUGCCCGAGGGCAUCGCGGCGCUCCAGAAGUUCAAGCGCGUCAACUUCGGUGGUGGCAACCUUGCCCGCGGCGCUGGCGACAAGCUCGUCAAGGAGGGCGUCCCCGUCUCGAGCGUCAUCGCCUUUACUGAGGCGGCCCCCUUACCAUACUACUUCCAGAAGAACCUCGAGCUGUGGCAGUGGUUCAUCGUCGACUCGGACAGACUUGGCGUUGACUGGCGUCAAGCCAGCGGUGAGGACGAGGACAUUUACGAGCAGGUCAUUAUUCGCAAGGACAAGGCGGACCCCCUCCAGGGCAUCUUCUACACCUUCCCCGAUGUCAACGAGUACAACACAAAGGACUUGUACCGGAAGCACCCGACGCUGCCCAACCACUGGAUGUACUACGGCCGCUCCGACAACAUCAUUGUCUUCUCAAACGGCGAGAAGCUCAAUCCUGUCACCAUUGAGGAGAUCGUCACCGGUCACGCGAGAGUCAAAGGCGCCGUCGUCGCCGGCGCCAUGCGCUUCCAGCCCUUCCUCAUCCUCGAACCCACCGAAACCUUGACUUCCGAGGAUGACAUCCAGCAAUUUAUCGACGACGUCUGGCCUUUGGUCGUCAAGGCGAACAAGGAGACCGUCGCUCACGGCCAGAUCGGCCGCGCCUUCAUCGGCGUCACCAACCCAGAGAAGCCCUUCCCCCGUGCCGGCAAGGGCACCAUCCAGCGACCUAUGGCCCUCAAGCUCUACAAGGACGAGCUUGACGCGUGGUAUAGCAAGGCUGAGGACGGCGCCGACUCCCUGUCCGUCAACAUUGACGUCUCCUCCCAGCAAGGAAUGAUCGACUCCAUCGAGAAGCUCUUCCAGCAGACCCUCGGCAGCCGCGCCCUCUCCGCCGACUCGGACUUCUUCAGCGCUGGCAUCGACUCCAUGCAGGUUAUCAACGCCUCCCGUCUCCUCCGCAAGGGCCUCGAGGCCGCCGGCGCAAACAUCACCGCCGAUGCCAUCGCAACUCGCGUUAUCUACGCCCAUCCCACCCCUCGCCAGCUGGCUGCCUACCUCAUGGACCGUGUUAGUAAGAACACCUCUUCAGACAGCAACGGCGACAGUGAAAACCAUGACAUCCACGCCAUGGAGGCACAGCUGCAAAAGUACACCCGCGACCUCCCCAAGAGCAGUGCUGGCUCCAAGCCCGCGCCAAACGACAAGGGCCAGACCGUCCUCGUCACCGGCACCACCGGCGCUCUGGGCUCCUACCUCCUCGACUUCAUGGAACACAACCCCGCCGUAUCGAAGGUCGUCUGCCUCAACCGCAGCGAUGACAGCGGCAAGCGCCAGGUCAAGAUGUCCGCCGAGCGCGGCCUCGCCACCACCUGGAAGAAGGCAGAAUUCCUCUGCGUCGACAUGUCCAAGAGCAAUCUCGGCCUUGGGCCGGAAGUCUACGACCGUCUCCUGAAGGAGGCAGACCGCAUCAUCCACAAUGCCUGGCCCGUCAACUUCAACAUCUCAGUCGAGACCUUUGAGCCGCACAUCCGUGGCGUCCGUCACUGGGUCGACUUCUCCCUCCGCGCUGCCAAGAACGUGCCCAUCGUCUUCGUGAGCUCUAUCGGCACCGUUGAUACCUGGCAGGGCCCCGGCCCCGUGCCGGAGAAGAAGCUGAUGGAUUUGUCCCUGCCGAGCACCGGCUACGGUCGCUCUAAGAUGGUCAGCUCUCUCAUCCUCGAUGAGGCGACGCAGGUUUCGGGCGUGCCCGCCGCUGUCGUCCGUGUCGGACAGGUCGCCGGCCCGCAGUCCAAGGACGGUGUAUGGAACCGCCAGGAGUGGCUGCCUACCAUCAUCGCUAGCUCGAAGUACCUCGGUGCACUGCCGCGUGACCUCGGCGCCAUGGCGACCGUCAACUGGACACCCAUUGAAGGUAUCGCGAACCUCAUCCUAGAGGUUUCUGGUAUUGCUGCCCCCGUGCCAUUGGAGAGGAUCAACGGCUACUUCCACGGCGUAAACCCGCGCACCGUACCCUGGGAGACACUGGCUGAGGCCGUCAGGGAGUUCUACGGUGACGGUGUCAUCAAGAAGUUGGUAUCCUUCAAGGAGUGGGUUGAGCUGUUGGAGAACAGCACGGCGACCACAGAUGACGUUGACAAGAACCCGGGCAUCAAGUUGCUUGACUUCUACCAGGGUUUGGCUAUGGGCGAGGGACAGGGUGUCGAAUUCUCAAUGGAGCGCACGACAAAGAGCAGCAAGACGAUGAAGGAGAUGCAGGCCGUGACACCUGAGUUGAUGCAAAAUUGGUGCAGACAGUGGGCGUUCUAA